CGUCUGCUGAUCCAGAGUGGUGAACAAGGCUGCGAUUUUAUAAUAAAACAUGCUAUUACUUUUUGUAGUCGUGAAAUAAGAUUGGCAUGUCAGGCUUGACCAGUGAUUUUCCCACCCAUUUCUUUGUCUACAUGACAAUUGAGAAGUUUCGCUCAGUAAUGCAAAGAGGUGUGUGUAAAUAACGAAAAAAUACAUGGGCAUUCGUGUUUUAAUACCUACUUACCCGAUAAAAAGACAUUAUUUAGAGGAUAUUUCGUUUUGACAGCUACCGGCAAAAAUAGUAAACAGUCUCAGACGGAAGUUGUAAAUGAAAAUGCGCGUGCUGUGACAUACGGUUGUAGCGUAUUUACAAACAACAACGGUAAUUAGGGUACACCGGUAAUAGGAGUACGGAGGAUAACAUAUCAAAUAACACAUUGAAGUGAAAAGAAUAAAAAAGUCUAAUAACACAUUGAAGUGAAAAUAAUAAAAAAGUCUAAUAUAAAUAGAGCUAGACAAGCAUGUUUAUAUCAAAAACAACUUUUAUGAUUGGAAGAAAAAAGUGCACAACCUUGUUUGCAUACUCGACCAUAAAAUCUGGAGCUACUUCAAAGAACAUCAAGUAUGAAAUACCAGCCAAGAUCAAAGAAUGGUGGUGCGAAUUUGCCGUUGCCUGAAAUAAAAGGGGAAACAAUAUGGGGACUGCAUCCUAUAAAUGCUGCCUUAGUGGCACAGAAACGAGAAAUAUUUAGCGCAUAUUACAAGACAGGUGAAUUGAAUGAGCGUCUUAAAGAAGUUCUGGGUUUGUGCAGCAAGUGUGGUGUUCCUAUGCAGUGUGUAACAAGUCCAGUACUGGAUGAGCUGAGCAGUCACCACCCCCACCAGGGCAUUUGUUUGGAUGUUUCUGAGCUUCCAUUGGAGCAUGAUGAUAUUCAGAAUGCUAUUGAAAGUUCUCAGUCCCAAUGCUUUUAUCAACCUUCCGUUUGGGUGCUGCCCUACAGGGUGGUGGAUCCAAUGAAUAUGGGUGCAAUUCUUAGAUCUGCACAGUUCUUUGGUGUCAGCAAAGUUGUCUACAUGAUGCAGCAAAGUGCUGCACUGAGUGCUGUAGUCAGCAAGGCUAGUUCUGGUGCCAUGGAGAUUGUGGACAUUCUCGCCUUGAAGACAAACUCUAUGCUCAAUGACUUGCUGAAGAGGUGGAAGGAGGUGGGUGGGAUAGUGGUGGGUACAAGUUGUGACCGGCAGGACGAAGCUGUGAUGGACCUUAGAGAUUUCAGGACUAACAGGCCUGCCUUGUUUAUCUUUGGCAAUGAAGCUUCAGGGUUACCCUCUACUAUAUCUUCACAGUGUGAUGUGCUGCUGUAUAUAGCUGGGCACCAGCUGCAGAGUGGGGACCAUCCUUCCGUUCCCUCACUGAACGUAUCUGUCGCAACAGGUAUUCUUCUGCAUAGUAUUAUGAACAACCGACUUCCAAAGGGAGACAACUCCUAGUGUCGAACACCUCUCCUAAAAAAAUCUGUGGCCAUAGGUUCUUUUGAUGGUCUGCCUGCACAUGCCCCUAGAAGAGCCAUUUGUUUUUACUUGUGAUAAUAUGAAUCGUGUGAUAAUAUCCAUUAGACACUGUAAGUGACCAUUUUCAUGAAGAGACUUCGUCACAAGUGUUAAACAGAGUGGAUAUUUUGUGGACAAUUCAGUAGAUGUCAACAAUAUUGCAAUAAUUACAGGUGCAGAUUGCAAGAAACUAAUUUGUAUGCUAUAUGUUUAAUUAUUAAAUAUUCCGAGAAAACGCGGUAAA